AUGAUGCAGCGAUCUCGUGGUAGUGCCGCGGCGAGCCCUCACCGGGGCUUGGACGUCAAUCCGCUUGUCGGCCGCAGCGAACUCAUAGCCUGGGUAAACGACACGCUCGGCGUCACUAUUGAACGCGUUGAGCAGUGUUGUAAUGGAGCGGUGUACAUACAGCUGCUUGAUGUUGUUCACCCCGGCCGUGUGCCGCUCGCGCGCGUGAAGUUCGGCGCUGCGCUGGAAUACGAAUACCUCGCCAACUACAAAGUGCUCCAGAUUGCGUUCACUAAGCUGGGGAUCUCGAAACACGUUGAUGUGCAGAAGCUCACGAAGGGGCGCUACCAAGACAACCUCGAGUUCCUACAGUGGAUGCGAGGAUACGUGGAAUCCCAUCGCACAGUCGAGAGCUCGGAGUAUGACGGAGUGCGCCGCCGAGUCACGGCGGUGAUACGCAAUUGUAUCGCAAACAACAGCAAUGCACACCUCACGCUGGGCAGCGUCACAAGCGCCUUGCCAGCAUGGGCUCAAGAAGGCGUUACGGUGCCAUUGAUAAAGGAAUGCCUGGCCAAUGUAAAAGCGUCGGCAACCACCAACUCGCAGGAUGGAGCGAAGCCGUCGGAGAGCAGAGAAAAUAACGUUUCGAAUCGUCAGGGCUCGGUGGACCCGAAACAGGUUGUGCGAGCAACGAGAAGCGCAGCGUCUUCCAUCUCUGGCAGAGAUGCGAAGAUACGCCGCAUCACGUCUUCGAAUGGUAGCAAGAGCCAGCAAUCGGAUGCUUCCUCGAGAACCAGCACAGCAGACACGCAUGUUAAGGAAUCCGACGCUGGUGCUGCAGUAUCGCGUUGCGCGAGUGUCGAAACGUCAUUACCCCCGAACCACACCGACCUUCUGGAUGCGGAGAGGCACAGAUGCCAAGAAUUGGAGUCUCAGUUGAAGAGUCAAAAACAGCAAGCGGAGGACCUACGAUCGUCACUUGAUGAACGUGAUCGCACGGUCGCCGCCCUUCAGGAACAGGUGGAUUCCCUGAAAAAGCAGCUGGGCCAACUUCAGGCAGACAAGCAAGUGGCCAAGAUGAGCAAGGACUUUUACUACAACAAGUUACGUCGCAUAGAAAUUUUGUGCCAGAAGUGUGAAACGGGGCAGAUCGAAGUGGCACCAUUGUUCGACGUUAUGUAUGCCACCGAUAAUGUUGCAUGA